AUGAGAAGAGGGAUUAUUUUGAGUGGUGCCCAGUUUUUCGUCGAGAGAGUAGCAAAGUACGGUAAGAUCUACAAGACCCAUAUAUUAGGGGGCCCCAUUGUCAGGGUGUCGGGCGCCGAGUACAUUGCCCCGCUAGUGAACAAAGAGCCGGGUCUGUUGACUAUGAAGGUGCCGACAUCAUCACGGCAGAUGUUCGGGAACAGCAGCAUCACGAAUAUUACCGGGGAGGAACAUUCUAGGUUGAAGAAGACGCUGUUGACAACCUUAACACCAGUCAGGCUGGACGACUACCUGCCAUGCAUCCAGGAGAAGAUGCAGGAGCACAUCCUCAAAUGGUGCCAGGAGGGUCGGGUCCUGGGGUUCCCAGCGUGCGAGGAGCUCAUGGGUGACGUCAUCAUGGAGGUGACCCUGGGUUGGCGAAAGGAAAAUGACCCGGAUGGGGAAAUUAGAAGGGCGUUUGUCAAGGUCAACAAGAAUUUGAUUUCCGUGCCGAUCAGGAUACCUGGAGGGGGGGUACCAUCAGCAUGUUUCAAGUACCAAUCAGAGCUGAAUAGUAAUGAUGGUGUGGGUAUUAGUGGUGAUGGUCGUCUUUUUGAUUGGGCUGUGAAAGCUAGAAAGACCAUCACAGACUUUGUCCGGCAGAGGCUCCAUUCCCAAGGCGAUAAGGACCAUGUGUGCGUCCUUGAUGUCUUCCUCGCGGGCAGCGGUCACGUGUCCGGCGAGGAAGGGGCGGGGCUGACGGAGGAGCAGGUGAUUGACAACGCGGUGACCUUCCUGAUCGCGGGAAGCGGGACAACGGCCGGCGCCCUGGGGUGUCUGCUGCUGAUGUUGGGCAAACAUCCCGAUGUCUUGGAGAAGUUGCGGCAGGAGCUGGACGCCAAGGGGUUGCUGAGCCCAGACAUCAGCACCCAUCUGACCUAUGACCUCCUACAGAGCCUGGAGUACACACAGUGGGUCAUCAAGGAGGUGCUCAGGCUACACCCCCCAGUCGGGGGUGUUUUCAGACAAGCGCAGAAGACCCUAGAGGUUGGGAACUGGCAGGUACCACAAGGAUGGACCGUGAUGUAUAGCAUCAGAGAUACACAUUUUACCACGAAUGUGUUUGAACGCAGGGAUGAGUUUCUCCCAGAACGGUGGAAGGACAAAAAUUUACUGGAAAUGCUGAGAAAAGCUGAGACUUGCAACUACAUUCCUUUUGGCAUCGGCCCUCGCUCCUGUCUCGGGAAGAAUCUGGCACUAGCGGAAAUGGCCGUCUUCCUGAUCGAGGUGGCACGUCUGGCUAACUGGAAGCUGCUUAACCCAGAUUCCAAGAUGGUGUAUCUGCCCGUUACUAAGUGCGCAGACGACAUGCCCUUGACCUUUACAAGACGGAAAUAACCCCAAACUUGGAGAUUUUAGUAUUUUAAAGUUUAAAAAAUUGGAUGUGAUUCGUUUUUUUUUAAUGUAAGAAAAUUGUGAUAUUUGAAGUUAAAAAGUGAUACAAAUGUUUGUGAAUAGUUAAUGUUGUGGAGGAAUGUUACUAAACAUUCAGUUUUAUUAAUAACAUUUAAAUAGUAUGUUGCCUGUAUAUGAUAUAUUAUGUGUGUGUUUAAUU